AUAUCUUCAAACAUGUUCCGCCAAAUUGCCUCCAGAACCAUUGCUCCUCUCUCUGCUAGAGUCUCUCCAAACGCGAGAUACCUUUCAUAUUCUCGUGUGAAUCUCAGUGUAGUCGACACUGCCAAAGACAUAUUGCACAAAGCCAACAAAAAGACCGGUGAAGUGCUAGCUAACACCAUUGACACGACCGAAAAAGUCACACCUUCUGGUGAACAAGUGAAAGACGCUGCAACCAACGCUGCUUCGGCUGCAAAUCAAAAGGCAGGAGAUGUUUUGGCAGAUGGUAUUGAAAAGGCCGAAGACAUUAGCCACAAGGCCAAACAAACUGCCACUGACGCUAACUUGGGAGAGAAGGCAAAGGAUGCUGCUCAAAGUGCACAACAGUUUUCCCAUAAAGCGAAGGAAACCACCAUUGACAUGAAGGAUCAUGCGAACGCAAAGAAGAAGGUCCUUGAAAACGCUAGGGGUUACGAAAACUUGCAGGACAAGGGUUCUAAGGUGGAGACUGAGCAAAACCGUCCUGAUGAUGCCGUUUAG